CGCCCCCUCCUCUGCAGGCUGAUACAUUGUUACAACUAAAGCUUCCCCGCACGACAAGCAGAUGAGCUGUUUUGAAAAGUGCCUGGUCCAGCCUAUAAAGAACCGCUGCUUCCAUGCAAUGUGCAGGCAGUUUCCCACGCUGUGACAUAUCCACAUUGGCCUGCCUCAGUGCACUUCUUUUUAAUUGGUUAGUGAGGAUAGGGGUGGGCGGGGCAUCCACAGGAAGGAUCAUCCUUCCUCCUCCGCUCGGGCAGCUGAUUUACAUCAUAAAGAGUCUCUUUGCAUCCUAUUUACAUUACAUUACAUUCGGGAAUUUGUCUAAACUCACAGAUGGCCAGUCCGGGCCUGGGUGGGUGCAGCGUUUGGGAAGGUACAAGUCAUUUCCUAUGUAUGUUCCAGAUCCUGUGUGAGGAGGAAUCCAGAGCCGCAGUUUAUGAGUGACAAUUGCACACGCGCGCGCACAUUACACACACACACACAGGAGAGGAAGUAACGAGACAGUCUCUCUGCUAAUGUUCAUAGCUCGUUGCACACAAGCACAAGGCUGUCAGCAGUGGAAGAAAAAGAAAAAACAGCAUCUUGCGCGUAAAAAGGAAAUAAAUACACCGACCCUCGUCUCCCUUUCUUGUAAAAGGAAAGGCUGAGGGCGAGCAAAGAGCGCAGCAGCUGUUCCAGAGCACAGCCCCGAUAUCGUGCCAUUUGCUGGUUUCCUAAGCAUUUUUCAUGGAUGUUUCUGGCUGCAGAACAGCUCCCGGCUUGUCGUCGUUUCUAUCCUGUGCGAGUGGAGGAAGACUGGUUUUAUGUUGCUGCUAAAUGGAGCGAGCGCUGCAGGGAAUCACUUGUUCCUGACUGUACCACUGAAGCAGCAGCGCGGGGGGAAAGGGCCGCUUCCCUACAGCUCCGCUCGCUUUCUUAGCCCAUAUAGACUCGUCCCGCUGUCUGUUAUUCACUGCUGGGACAAGCGGCUGCCACCUUCCUAAGGAUUCAAGUGUACGGGCCGUGCGACCUGCAACAUGUUGGCAGGGGGAGUUGCGAGGCUGUUUGUGGGCAGUAUGACCAUGGCAGCACCCUAAGGCCCUGACAAUGAGCCCCCGGUUGAUUAAACACUGAUUAAUGUUCACCGGCCCAUGGGCAGAUAUUUUUCAGGCCCAAUACAACAAACUGGGAUUUCCAAUAAGUAAAAAGCCCGGGGAACUGUAUGUUGAUGGUUUUGCCCGAGCGUCAAUAAACUGUUUUUCAUUUCUGUCCCAGGAGAGGCCCACAGCUCGGAUAUUGAUUAUUUUUUUUUAUUGUGGGAACCCCACCAAAAAGCUUGGGGACCCCACCUCUUCCCUAGUCUAACCCUCUAGUACGGGAUCUGUACACCAAGAAAUCGACAUGUGAGAGCGCACCGUCGGGAUUGGACGCGUUAUUUUGUCUUAUAGAGGAAUCCAGGCGUCAGUAGCUGCUUUCCCCUGCUGGAUAUUUUAUCUUUUGGCCUUAUUUUAUUAAGCGCUUAUACUGCUGGAGAGGAGCAACAUUCUCAGCUCGGCGUGUGUGUGUACAAGUCGGAUUUGGCAGUCGGAUCUGCAGCUUUUUGUCUCCAACAUGGCAGACCUGGAGGCGGUGCUGGCUGAUGUCAGCUAUCUGAUGGCGAUGGAGAAGAGCAAAUCCACCCCGGCGGCCAGGGCCAGCAAGAAAAUCGUCUUACCUGAGCCCAGUAUCCGAAGUGUUAUGCAGAAGUACCUUGAGGAGAGAGGUGAACUUACCUUUGACAAGAUAUUUAACCAGAAGAUUGGGUUUCUGCUUUUCAAAGACUUCUGUAUGAAUGAUAUGGAAGAAGGUGUUCCGCAGCUUAAAUUUUAUGAAGAGAUAAAAGAAUAUGAAAAGCUGGAUUCUGAAGAAGAUCGCCUUUGUAGAAGUCGACAGAUUUAUGAUACAUAUAUAAUGAAAGAGCUCCUAUCCUGUUCACAUCCAUUCUCUAAGCAAGCUGUAGAUCAUGUACAAGCCCAUUUAGCUAAGAAACAAGUGCCACCUACAUUAUUUCAGCCAUACAUAGAAGAAAUAUGUGACAGCCUUCGGGGCAAGAUAUUUCAGAAGUUUAUAGAAAGUGACCGGUUUACUAGAUUUUGCCAGUGGAAAAAUGUGGAACUAAAUAUUCAUUUGACCAUGAAUGACUUCAGUGUGCACCGAAUAAUAGGAAGAGGUGGAUUUGGAGAAGUAUAUGGCUGUCGAAAAGCAGAUACUGGUAAAAUGUAUGCAAUGAAAUGUUUAGACAAGAAAAGAAUUAAGAUGAAACAAGGAGAGACAUUGGCCUUAAAUGAAAGAAUCAUGUUAUCCUUGGUCAGCACAGGCGACUGUCCGUUCAUAGUAUGUAUGACAUACGCAUUUCACACACCUGAUAAGCUCUGUUUUAUCCUGGACCUGAUGAAUGGUGGUGAUCUGCACUAUCACCUCUCACAACAUGGCGUGUUUUCGGAGAAGGACAUGAGGUUUUAUGCUGCUGAAAUCAUCCUAGGCUUGGAACACAUGCACCACCGUUUUGUUGUCUACAGAGACUUGAAGCCUGCAAACAUUCUAUUAGAUGAGCAUGGCCAUGUGAGGAUAUCAGAUCUGGGUCUUGCAUGUGAUUUUUCCAAGAAGAAGCCGCAUGCUAGUGUAGGAACACAUGGGUACAUGGCUCCUGAGGUGUUGCAAAAGGGAACAGCUUAUGACAGCAGUGCAGACUGGUUCUCUCUAGGAUGUAUGCUUUUCAAACUUCUCAGAGGUCACAGCCCUUUCAGACAGCACAAAACCAAAGACAAACACGAGAUUGACCGCAUGACACUUACCAUGAAUGUGGAGCUUCCAGACUCAUUCAGUCCAGAGCUGAAGUCCCUACUGGAGGGCCUUUUGCAGCGGGAUGUCAGCAAGAGGCUUGGAUGCCAGGGUGGUGGUGCACAGGAAGUAAAGGAACACCCAUUUUUUAAAGGCAUAGACUGGCAACAAGUGUAUUUACAAAAGUAUCCCCCACCUCUGAUUCCUCCUCGUGGAGAGGUAAAUGCUGCUGACGCUUUUGAUAUUGGGUCAUUUGAUGAAGAGGACACAAAAGGCAUUAAGUUACUAGAUAGUGAUCAAGAACUGUACAAGAACUUCCCUUUGGUGAUAUCGGAGCGCUGGCAACAAGAAGUAGCAGAAACUGUUUACGAAGCAAUCAAUGCCGACACUGAUAAGAUCGAGGCCCGGAAGAGAGCCAAAAACAAGCAGUUGGGACAUGAAGAAGAUUAUGCACUAGGAAAAGACUGUAUUAUGCAUGGCUACAUGCUAAAACUGGGAAAUCCCUUUCUGACUCAGUGGCAGCGACGUUACUUUUAUCUCUUUCCAAACAGGCUUGAAUGGAGAGGAGAAGGGGAAUCUCGGCAAAAUCUAUUGACUAUGGAACAGAUAGUAUCUGUGGAGGACACCCAAAUUAAGGACAAAAAGUGCAUCUUGCUGAGGAUCAAGGGAGCAAAGCAGUUUGUGUUGCAGUGUGAGAGCGAUCCAGAAUUUGUACAGUGGAAGAAGGAGCUAACCGAAGCAUUCACAGAAGCACAGAAGCUUUUACGUCGGGCCCCAAAGUUUUUGAACAAUCCCCGAUCAGCAGUUGUAGAGAUUACCAAACCACCUCUCAGUCACAGAAAUAGUAAUGGCCUUUAGGUAGCAAGCCAGGACUAAGCUUUCGUAGGAUAAAUACAGUAUACACCACGUCUAAGGUCCUCAGCAUCAUUAUUAGUUACUUGUAUGGCUCUUAUCAGAGAGGUGUACAUAGGAGAAGCUUUGUAAGCCUGUAUUACAUAUUGUUAACUGAAGAUGGGGCUUACCACCUGAUGCUUAGAAGAUAUUGUGAAGGUUGAGGCAGUGAAGAGAUGACUUUUCACUAUCCGGAGACUUGAAAGUUGCCAAAUUUAGUGAUUGCCCAUCAUCCUCUUGCAUCAGUUUCUUCGGAAGAUGCUCUGUAUGGCUAGCAAGAGUCAAUCUUUUUUUUUUUUUUUUGGCAUAUGCAUGCGCUGGUAUAUGCCAACCAAGAAUCUGAAAUGUUUUUGCAUUAGCUGAUUUUCCUUGACUGCCACAUCUAAAAUUCCACAUUUCCCUGGAUGCUUUAUAAAGGCCGUGCUGUAAGAAUGUUCUUCAGAUGAUCGCUUUUCCGAGUGUUGCCAUAUUUCCCCACCUUUUCUUUGUCCUCCCAACUUGCACUGUUGACUUUUUUUUGUUUAACUGGCAGUGUGAUGAUACUUUUAUGCACUUCAAAGUACUGAUUUUAUCUGUGGUUACAAUAUGUACAGUAGAUAAUCCAUGGAAACUACAAAGCAAGAAUAUUCACCCCGUUAUAUGUACUCAGAAAUAUAGUAGCUACCACUGUCUUGCUAUUUAUGAGGAUAGAAAUACAAUUGUAGAAUAAUUAUUGGUGAACCAGACUGCAUGGUAGCUUCGUUUAGUGGUCUAUGUUCCAGUCAGCAAAGUUAUCACAAUUAUUUAAGAUAAAAAGCUCAUUCAGACAUUUACAGUAACUUAAAAGAAGAAAAGAUUUUUUCCAGGUCAAUUGCACUUAUUUUUAAUUUUUUGUUUUUUAAAUCUGCAUUGUAUUCAAGUGAAGAACGGGUGAGAAAGAUAUAUAAUGCUGGUACGCACAGUGCUGUAACCCUGCGUCUGUCUUUCAGUUGUGUAAGUUUCUUUUUAGAUUUCACAAGUUCUCAUGCUCUCUGUUCACUGUUGGGAACUCACACUCUGUACUCCUCUGCUCAGAGUCAAAAAGUUCACAGGACUAUGGACAUGUACAGCAGAAAUGCGAAUCCAGAUGGAUUUACCAUGGCAUAAUAAGACAAUUAGUCUGCUUUGUGUAGCUUCCACCUAUGUACAAUUCUUCAAGGCUGGAAGACCUACCCACUGGAAUUUGCAUCUUGAGUUAAUAACAAUGUCUCAUCUUUUUGCUCUGGCUGCUCUUCACAUUCAGACGUUCCCCAGUUGUUGUUAUUAUUUUUUUUUUUUUUUACAAUGAAGUGCAAAGUGCCAAUGGACUUGAGAAUAUAUUCCUAUAUUUAACCGAAUCUUUUGAGUGUACCUGUAAAUAUUAUUUAAGAAUUAGCUACUCAGAGGAGAGAGUGAAUGCUACAUGACAACCACAGCUGUGUUUGGAAUAGCAUGAGACCUGUUAAAUGUCUUCUAAACAAUGUUUUCUCCUUAGUUUGGCUACUGGAGUGGUACUCAGCCUUUCACUUUAAUUUUAAGCCACUUUUAGCUGUACUGUUUUAAAUUCAGUAAAAUGUUCACAUUUUAAGAUGUGUGGUUGUUUAAAGGAAACAUUACAUGGGACACAGAGGUUGUAGGCUGAGUAUCACUGAACUACUGUGAAUUCAUAUCCAUAUUUGUAUUAAAUUCAUAUCCAUA